AUGGCGGCGCCGGAACCGGAGGCCAAGCUGGAAGAGGUAACCCCAUCUUUCUCCCGCGAGCCGCUACCGGAGUCUGAAUCCGACGCCCCUGCCUCCACUGGCCGCGAGCCGCUACCGGAGUCUGAAUCCGAUGCCCCUGCCUCCAGCCAGGAGCUAAAGCCGUGGGAGCAGCACGCCGCGGUGAUCAACCUCCCGCGCUACGACUACCGCGCAUCAGGGUCCCUCCUCCUCCGCUCGCACUCUGGCUUCCUCAUCACCUGCCCCAUCAAGCGUGAGAAAAGUGCAACCAAGGAAGCCAUUUCCAUUCUUGAAGAGUACAUUGGUCAUGCAAAUUGCUGUGUUUCCGAACACACAGAACCAUGUGAUGUGGAAAAUGCACUGAAGAAAAGAAAACUGUGCUCGGAGGCAUCAGGAAGUUUAGAAGAGGCAGUAAUGAAUGGGAAUAGUAAUAGUGUUUCAGAAUCAAUUGGAGGAACUAUAAACUCAAGCUCACCCCAGUCCAAGAUGAAUGACAAUGUUGACAGGGCUUCAAAUCUCUCACUGGUUAAGCUAUCAAGAAGUGGCUUGCUCUUCUUUAAAUUUCCUAGUGGAGGCCUUCAUGUUGUUGAGAUGCUUACAGAAAUACUUCAUUCACUCAGAUCUGGGAAACUCAAAUCUCCACAAUGGUGCCACCGCAUAUUUCCUAUUCAAGAAACUUGCAUUCUAUCAGAAGAAGACCUGCAUGCCACUGUGUCAAAGUUAUUCCUUGACUUCUCGAGGAGCAAGACUAACAAGGACAAGCCUAUAAAAUUUGCGGUUGCCUAUAAUAGAAGGGGCAUCGAUGAGACAGAGAAGAACGGUAAUGAAGGUUCAAAUCAGCAGGCUUUGAUGGACAGGGAGCAAUGUUUCAAAGUGGUAGCUGCUGCUGUCAAAUCCGUUGCUGAGAACUCAGUGGUUGAUCUUAGAUCUCCUGAGGUUGCGGUACUCGUUGAGAUGCUCCCGGUUUCCGGGGUACCUCUUGGAUCUUCGGUGGCUGGGGUGUCCGUUCUCCCAGCAGAACUCAUCUCGACCAAACCUCGCCUUUGUGUCAGGUCUUUGGUGCUUGAUGCAAAAGCAACAAAAAAGAAGUGA